CAUCAGUGUGUGUGGAGUUUGACCACCGACUCGGUGGACGGAGCGGAGGUUACGAAAGCGAAAGGGAUGAAUGAGAGGAGACUUUGAGAAACAAAGAUUUGGAGACGUUUGUAGAAGCUUUCACCGAGCGGAUUAAAGUCAAACUGGUGUCCUGGUCGUGAAGACAUGGAACCAUCGCCGCCUGGCACCCCCGUCACCCCCGUCACCCCGAAACCCACCCCCUCCUCUUCCGCCGCCCCGAAGCUUGGCCCUGCCUCCUUCGCCGCAUCUCCAGCUGCCCCAAAAGCUGCCCCGGCCGAAACCCAGCCAAAGCUUAAACCUGCCAGGCCGACCACUCCAGCCUCUCCUGCCCCUUCCCCCUCCCCUUCUUCCUCCUCAACUGCCUCCUCUUGUGCCUCACCGCUUCAGUCAAGCCCCUCUCCCUCUCCUGCUGCACCCCCCACCUCCCCCCUCCGCCAUCCUGUAAGGAGCCUCUCUCAUUCGGGCCGAUCUCAGCUCAAUGCAGCUUCCACAGGGAAUUCCACGACCAGACGACAUUCAGCAGCUGAUGCUGCUGGUCCACAGCCGGCUCCCGCUCCUGAACCAGAGGAGCCAGAGGAAGAGAUAAAUUUUGAGGAGUUGGAGGAGAGGGCAAAGUCUGGAGAUGCCAAAGCACAGACCAAGAUGGGACGUUUCUUCCUUGCACUAGCAGAAGAAAGAGAUGAGGAGCUGAACAACUGCACAGCGGUCACUUGGCUGGUCCAGGCUGCUAAACAGGGCCGCAAGGACGCCGUCAAGCUGCUGCAGCGCUGCCUGGCCUCCAGCAAAGGCAUCACAUCAGAGAACUUAGUGGAGGUGAGGAAGCUGUGUGAGGAGACGCGCUUCGAGAGGGGAGUGAGGAAGGCAGCUCUACUCAUGUACUGGAAGCUGAACCCAGAGAGGAAGAAGUCAGUGGCCGUUUCUGAGAUGCUGGAGAACGUUGGGCAGAUCCACGCAGAGCCAGGGGAGCCACCCUCCCCAGGUCCUCUCUCCAGCUCUGCCAAGAAACAGAGGAGAGUCCUGGAGAGUCUGGUCAGCAGCGAUGCCUCCUCACAUGUUGCUAUGGAUGACUUUGUUGAGAUGACUAAGAAGUACGCACAAGGCAUUGCGCCCUCGCCGGCCAUGGCUGGGGAGGGAGGUGAUGAUGACGAUGAUGAUGAUGUAGUUGUGAAGAACCCAGAUGACUUGCCCCUCCACCAAAAGGUGCUGAAGUUCCCCCUGCACGCCCUGCUGGAGAUCAAGGAGCAUCUCAUCGACUGGGCAUCACGAGCCGGCAUGCAGUGGCUCAGUGCCUUGAUUCCCACACACCAUGUGAACGCGCUCAUCUUCUUCUUCAUCAUCUCCAACCUCACCAUUGAAUUCUUCAUCUUCAUCAUCCCUCUGCUGGUGUUCUACCUCUCUUUCUUCUCCAUGGUCAUCUGCACAUUGCGUGUUUUUCAGAAUUCAAAAGCAUGGGAAAACUUCCGAGCUUUGACAGACCUGUUGUCUCACUUUGAACCGGGUCUGGACCUGGAGCAGGCUGAAACCAACUUUGGAUGGACACACUUAGAACCCUACCUGUACUUCCUGCUGUCGGUGGUCUUUGUGGUUUUCUCCUUCCCUGUGGCCGAUAAGUCCUGGAUCCCAUGCUCAGAGCUGGCUACCGUGGCUCUCUUCUUCACUGUCACCUCCUUCCUCAGCCUUCACUCCUCUGCUCAGAUCUUUGCCCGCAAAGCGCUCCUCACAGAGGUCCUUUCUGGUGCCUGCUCCCUCACUCACCUCCUCCCAGACUCCCUCUGGUUCCUCAAGGCCUUUGGGAAGACUUUUAUCACUGUGCCUCUAGGGGAGUUGGUGGUGCUGAACCUAGGUGUGCCCUGCUUCUUGUAUGGGCACCUUUUCUAUCUCCUGUUUCGCAUGGCCCAGCUGAAAGGCUUCAAGGGCACCUACCUGUGCCUGGUCCCAUACUUGGUGUGCUUCACCUGGUGUGAGCUCUGCUUGGUGUUCCUCAAUAACUCCUCCACCAUCGGACUUAUCCGCACCUGCGUGGGCUACUUCCUCUUCCUGUUUGCCCUUCCUGUGCUAUCACUGGGCCUGGCUGCCAUGCUCCUCAUCCAGUUGCUACAGUGGUUUGUAGCCUUGGAACUGACCAAGAUGGUGGUUACAGUGACAGUUUGCUUUGUGCCGGUAGUGUUGAGACUAUGGACCCGGUUCAGCCUCAACCCCAUCGUAGUGUUUCGAUCUUUGUCGCGGAGCAGCAUUGUCAAGCUCAUCCUGGUGUGGCUCAGUGCAGUGGUGCUCUUCUGCUGGAUAUACGUCUACCGGUCAGAAGGCAUGAAGGUUUACAACUCCACCCUGACGUGGCCUGAGUACGGCAACCUUUGUGGCCCACGAGCCUGGAAAGAGUCCAACAUGGCCCAAACUCAGAUCCUCUGCUCUCACCUCGAAGGACACCGUGUCACCUGGACGGGACGCUUCAAAUACGUCCGUGUGACAGACAUUGAGAAUGGAGCACAGUCGGUCAUCAACCUGUUACCGGUAUUCGUUGGGAAUUGGAUGCGGUGUCUGUACGGUGAGGCGUAUCCAUUAUGCGAUGAGGGGAAGAACGCCACAGCCGAGUCCCAACCCCACCCUGCCCCUGUCCUCCUUCCAGAACAUCCCCUCUGUAAACUGAAAAACCUCGCUAAGCACGAGUGUCACGUCAAACGCUUCGAUCGAUACAAAUUUGAAGUCACAAUGGGUAUGCCACUAGAGAAGAAGACCAAGAACGGGACGAUCAUAGAGGACGAGGACGCGACUAAAGACAUUGUCCUGCGGGCAAGUAAUGAGUUUAGGCCCGUGCUGCUAUACUUGAAGACAGGAAGCCUGGUGGAGUUCAGCACCGUUCUCGAGGGUCGUUUAGGCUCCAAAUGGCCUGUGUUUGAACUCAAAGCCAUCCACUGCAUUUCAUGUGCUGAUUCCCUCUUGCCCAGCCGCCGGCAGUAUAAGAUCGAACAUGACUGGAGGCGCACGUCCCGGAGUGCGCUGCAAUUUGCCUUUGACUUCUUCUUUAACCCCUUCCUGACUGCUCAGAUAGAGCUAGAGGCCCAAACUGAGACAGAGAGUGGGCCACAGGAGGGAGGGUAGAUGGAGAGACACUUAGUGUGGAUAUUUUGUACAUCACAUGACUACAUGAUAAUUUUUUGAGUGGGUGUGCUAUUUACAGAAUGAAAAAUGCUUUAUGGACUACAAAAAGCAGCAGAUUGUAGACUGGAUAAUGUUAUACCUGCAUUGAGUGCACACUUUAGUGUAUAUAUAUUUAUACACUGGGGGAGAAAAAUGUUGACGCUAAUAUCAUGUGUGAUAAUUACAUUAUGUGCAGUUGAAGAACGUAAACGGUUGUACACCAUAGUUGCCCACGAUGAGAUCCAGUAGUAGUGUUGUAUGGCUACUUGAAUGUGUGCCACUGUAAAUAUGCAUUUUGAGUGUUUGUGUUUUUAUAGUUUUUGAGCCAAAGUGUUUGAGAAUACAAAGGCAUUUAAGUAUAAAACAAGAAGUAAGGUAGGGGAGAAACACAAACUUAAAAGUUUUUAGAUUAAGUAAUAUAAUUAACACAGGACACUACCUUAAGAAACACACACACGCACACACACACACACACACACACACUCACACUCUCACACUGUCAGCCCCUGUCAGUGGUCAGUAGUGUGUUUAUGAACAUUUCAAUCCACUAAUGAAGUCAAGUUGCUCAUUUGUAUAUAAAUCUGCAAACAUUUGUAUGUCUAAUUGUCAUCAAUUGUUUGGCAUUGUAACUACAAAAUCAGCAGCAGUGUUUGUACUUGACAGUUUCCUUACCAAACUGUCAUUUCAGUGUUGUCAGAAUGCAUCAGAAAUUGCUGAUGCAUUAUCUGUGGCCUACAUAAAAUUAUGGAUAGAUUUUUUUUUCAUAUGAUUAUGGUACUGUUGUGAACACAGAGGUCUUCAUCUGUUGUACAGCUUUAAUUACGGUUCAUUAUAUGAUAUUCCUAGUAUGUCAUUUUGAAAUGCUUAGUAUGAGAGGUGGCUCUGAAGUGCCUUACAAGAUAUUAUCUCACAUGCGGAUCCCAUGUGAUAUUGUGAAACAUGGUUAUUGUUUUCUUUUUAUUCAGGUUUGAAGAUGUACAGCCAGUAAUGCUAAUGUGCUCCGCAGUGCAACUUUGGGAGUGAAUAGACUAAAUUAUUUCCCUAAUCCUCAACCUUUGGAAGCUCACCUGCUUCAAAGCUCAUAUUUAUCACCGUGCACUUACAAGUAUAUCUCUGCUCUCUUUGUCCUCAUGUGCCUUUCUGUUCCUCCUCUAGCUGUUUUAUCCCUCGCCCUUUCUUAUCUUCCCAUCUCUGCUGUGCAGGGUUUUAAUAUAUCGAACAUUUGCUGUCCCUCAGUGAUGAUGUAAGUGUUUCAGGUUAGUUUGUCACUACUGUAUCCCCAUACUGUGACCAAUAAAUUGAUGAAAAAUCUG